GGCUAAAACCCUUGGCAGUUGAUCGAAUGGUGUAAUGCAACGAGAAAAUGGCAACCCACCUCAGCCGUCUCCUUCGCCGCAAAACACCGCCGGAAAUAGCGAUUUUCUCCACGCGCCGCUCUCUCUCGACAAACGCUGCCUCGCCCUCUUCGAAGCUCCACUCGGUGUACAACUUCAUCCCCCCUCCCUCUCUCCACCCGCACCCGCCCGAUAAUAGCCCCAAUUCUAAACCCGUACCCGAAUCCCGGACCCGGAAACGAUCCAAACCCCCUCACCGCCCGCCGUCGUCGCUAGAUCAACCCGAUCGCCCGAUCAAAUCCGAGCUGCCGUUCGAUUUCCAGUUCAGUUACACCGAAAGCAACACGAAAGUCCGGCCAAUCGGGCUGAGGGAACCCAAAUAUUCGCCUUUCGGGCCGGGCCGAGUGGACCGGGUAUGGACCGGUGUUUGUGCCCCCGCUGUGGACCCGAAAGUGGGGUCUGCAGGAGUUGAUGGUGAAUUGGAGGAGAAGAGGAGAGAGAUGAGGGAGAUGGUUCAGGGUGAUCCUUUGACUAAUGCUGAGAGGAAGGCCAUUGUUGAGAGGUUUCAGAGGCCUAAAGCCAAGAUGCAGAUUAAUUUGGGGAGGGAUGGAUUAACACACAACAUGCUGGAUGUUAUUCAUAAUCACUGGAAACAUGCUGAAGCCGUUAGGAUUAAGUGUAUGGGAGUACCUACUGUCGAUAUGAAAAAUGUGUGCGCUCAGUUGGAGGACAAAACAUUCGGGAAGAUUAUCCAUAGACAUGGUGGCCAGCUUAUACUUUACAGAGGUAGACAUUAUAAGCCAAGCAAAAGGCCUGUGGUUCCACUUAUGCUGUGGAAGCCUCAAGAGCCUGUGUAUCCAAGGCUUAUAAAAACUACCAUUGAAGGCUUAAGCAUCGAGGAAACAAAAGAGAUGAGGAAAAGAGGGCUAUCUGUCCCUGCCUUGACUAGACUUGCUAAAAACGGCUAUUAUGGAAGUCUUGUACCCAUGGUUCGCGAUGCCUUUCUUUCUGAUGAGCUGCUCCGGAUAGACUGUAAAGGCCUCCCGAGAAGUGAUUACAAGAAAAUUGGCUGCAAACUGAAGGACUUAGUUCCUUGCAUCCUCGUUACGUUUGAGAAGGAGCAGAUUGUCAUAUGGAGGGGUAGAAACUAUAAGCCAGCAGAGGGAGGUUACUUCCUGACAGAAAGGGAAUCAUUCGACAAUCCAAACGACAGUGCAUCAGAUGAGGCUGGUUUUGAUUCCGGUGAUUCUGACAAUGAGUCAUCAACACAAACAUGGAUCUGUUCUACAAGAACCACGAUUCCCCAAACGCAGGAUGAAAGAUGAGCUCAAAAUGGGCAGAUGGAAAUGAAAAUUUGACACCUUGGCUUUGAAGAAACCUCGUAUGUAUUCGACCCGAACCUUCAACCAUGAACCAUGAUUCUCCAACCACAGAGAAAGAUGCACACAAGUUAAAGAAACACAAAUGCAGAAAAGAUGCAGUUGAACUUUUAUUUAGAUUGGUGUGAUUUUUCAUGAGCUAUAUGUUGUGCAUCAUGUAUAGACUAUAGUUAUCUAUUGAUCGUGUUUAUUUUUACA